AUGGAUAAUACUGCAAAAGGUUUUGGGAAGUCUAUGUCACAUAUUGUUGCACUAAAUUUCAAUCCAAAGGGCAAAAGGAGCCGCAAAUCAAGGAAAACAAUGUUGAAAAUCGCAAGUGCAGCUAGUGACUUCAAUGCUAUCUUGGCAAGUUAUGAAAAGAAGGGUGGUAUUCAGAGGAUUGGUAUGGCUCAGAAAGAUUUCCAGGAAUUUGUUGAUAAGAAUCAGUUAUUGGAUGUUGCCCCGAAGAAUGGGACCUUUACAUGGACAAAUAGGCAUACCGGUUUCACUGAAAUUGCAGAACAUCUAGAUUGGUUUCUGGUCGCCGGUGAUUGGCUAGCACAAAAUCUUAUUCUUGAAUAUUCUAUUCUACCCCUUGUUGGAUCAAAUCUUUUCCCUAUUUGCCUAAAUGUGUCUUUAGGACAAUCUGAGGGUGGCAAUCCUUUCCAGUUUGAGUUGAUGUGGCUCAGAAUGCUGGACUUACAUGAUUUGAUAGCAGCAUGGUGGAAUGAGUUGGUCCUCGGAAACAACUCGAGGUUGUUCAAGAUAAAUAAGAAGCUCAAAAGGGAGAUCUCUCUCAAGUCUGAUCUAAAUGAAAUUCUUCGGCGUGAGGAAAUUCACUGGAGGCAGAAAUCUAGUGAACUUUGGCUCAAGGAUGGGGAUAGAAAUACCAAGUUCUUCCAUAGAUCAUCUAUUGCCAACCGUAGCAGGACUAGAAUAUCGGAGGUUGUGAGACCGGAUGGUAGUAUUGCCAGAGAUUAUGAGGAUAUUGCCCGGGAAGCAGUAAGACAUUUUGAAUCUCUAAUGAAUGGCAAUUGCCAGAGUGUUCAGGAAGCAAGAAACAUAAUUCUAGACUAA